AAAGUGAUCAAUUGUGGUAUUGUAUGAACACUGCACCAUACGGUAACCAUAUCCUAAGCUAAGGAGGAAACAGAGUGGUAAAACACACACAAAGCAGAGGAGGAGCACAAAUGUCACUAAUGGUGGUCUGUUCGCUUCGUAGUCAUUUCUUCAAACACCUUCCUUACACUGCAAUCAACGACUUCUUCUCCAUCUAUCGCUCUCACUCUCUCACUCCUCUCAAUCGCUUCUCUCUCCUCUCCCCUGCACUAACUGAAGCGAGACAACUAUGGAGACUCAAUUCAAUCGCUGAAACUUUCUCGACUUCAUCUUCUUAUUCGAAAACUCCACCAACUCAUUCUUUUACUUCUUCUUACCUCUCCGUUCUCAUUUGCUGCCGAAAAGAUGUCGCCGAUAUGCUGUCGGAAGCUCUUUUAUGUUUCGGUGCUAGUUCCACUAGCAUGGAUGAACCAGACAGGAACGAGGACGAUGAUGAUGAUGAUGAGAUCUGCAUUAGUUCAAUAUUCUCUGUAAGCCAGGAUGUGAAAGAGUCCAUCUCACAUGCUGCUGAUUCCAUUGGUUUGAAAGAGAUGCCUAAUUAUGAAGUGAUGAUGCAUGAUCAUUGUGACUGGAUAAAAAAAACACAGGAAUCAUUUCAUCCUGUAGAAGUCACAGAGGGACUUUGGAUUGUGCCAGAGUGGAGAACCCCACCAGACCUCCAAGCAACAAAUAUAAUUCUAAAUCCUGGUUUGGCGUUUGGAACCGGGGAACAUCCUACAACUAAAUUGUGUCUGUUGAUGCUGCAUGGCUCAAUAAAAGGAGGAGAAGUCUUCUUGGAUUAUGGCACAGGUUCUGGAAUUCUUGCAAUUGCAGCACUUAGGUUUGGUGCUUCUCUGUCUGUUGGAUUUGACAUAGAUCCCCAAGCAAUUACAGCUGCACAACACAAUGCUGCUCUGAACAACAUAGCACCUGAGAAAUUGCAAUUGCAUCUUGUUCCUAGCAAGACCAGUUCUACGGAUGAAUUGUCAAAUGAAGGUGUGGAUGGCCAGAAUUUUUACGCCACGGGAGCUAUUGUUGAGACACAGAAAUAUGACGUGGUUCUUGCAAAUAUACUUUUAAAUCCGUUGCUAGAUUUGGCUGAUCAAAUUGUUUCAUAUGCCAAGCCUGGAGCGGUUGUUGGCAUCUCUGGAGUCAUAUCUGAGCAGGUUCCAUGUAUUAUACAACGUUACUCACGGUUCUUGGAAGGUAUUACGGUGUCAAAGAUGGAUGAUUGGGCUUUAGUAAAUGGCUCUAAAAAGAAGGAAUAUACUGGUGCCUGAAGGAGAUACAUCAGCUUUUGCUCAAACGUAAUGCAGAAGCAUGACUUCUUUGGUUGAGAACUCUGCAACCGUCGUGUACUCUGUUUGAUGCCAAGUUUUUCAAGUCAAGCAUUUCAUCUGUGUUUUGAGUUACUCUUUAACUUCUUCGAUCUUAAUGUUUACAUUUAUUUGGCAUGAAAAUAUGACCAUUAUCUUCGUGUGCUGGACUAUUGCUUCUGCCUCAUGUGUAUCUUUUUUGACUCAUAGUAUAAGCAACUGAGACAGCUCUUUAGUUUUUUUCUGAUAUGUACAGAACAGCCUCUGCUAGUGCAAAAUUUGUAAUAGGAAAUUUGUAAUGUUGAGGAAGAAAUAGAAAUGACUUCCAGUUU